AUGUCAAUUAUACCAAAAAAUGGAAGAGUGGCUGUGAUUGGCGGGGGAGUGUCUGGAUUAACUUUCUCUUACUACUUGCUGAGGCUCAGACCUGAUCUACGUAUCUCCAUCUUCGAGAAGAGCAACUCACCUGGUGGCUGGAUCUCUACCGAAAGACUAAAGAAUACCACCGAUGGAAAAGAAAUUGUGUUGGAAAAAGGUCCUAGAACCUUGAGGGGAGUCAGUGAUGGAACAUUGCUAAUAGUGGACAUCCUUAGGCAAUUGGGUCACGGAGAUCAGGUUGAAGUAAUGAGAUCCACAUCUGAUGCCAAUAGAAAAUGGCUUCUUGAUCCCUCGAAUAAUUUAGUACAGACACCGAACUCAUUGAUGUCUUUCGUCAAGUUUAUGGCAAGCGACAUUACUAACGGCGCAAUAAAAAGUAUAUUGAAAGAGCCGUUUCAGAAACCUUCAGAUACUCCAGGCAAGGACGAAAGUAUACGAAAUUUCUUCCAGAGGAGAUUUGGACUGGCUGCUUUGGCUGACAAUAUUCUUAGUGCUGUGAUGCACGGGGUGUAUAGUGGAGACAUUAGUAAGCUUAGUAUCAAUGCUACGCUUCCAAGGUUGGUGGAAUUAGAGAAGGAACACGGAUCCCUUGUGAAGAGCAUGUUCAAGAGCAUGAAGAAGAAGAAGAAGACAACAACGCCAACACUAUCUAAACAGCUAGCUCAGUAUCAGUCGUUGAUUUCCCCACUGGCAGAUAUGAUUAGUCUUUCUCAGAAGCUCAAGAAGUUCCCAAUCAUGCGGCUUCACGACGGGUUGCAAGUGUUUCCUAAGAUAUUGGCUGAAUAUCUACAAAGACAAAGUAACGUGGAGAUAAUCUAUAACUCAGAUGUGGAGAAGGCUGAUCUUAGGGGUAACCUCAUUGUAAAUGGAGAGCAGCUUUCCUUCAACCAUGUCAGAUACACGCUGAGCACGUUUGGGUUAGCUAAGAUGAUCAACGACGCAGAGCUUAGACGUAUCUUGAAUUCAUUUGAGCACACAACGAUUUUUUUGGCCAAUGUAUAUACAAAGAAGAAGUGCUUGAUUCCGAAGGGAGGCAGUGGGUUUGGAUUUCUCGUGCCGAUUCGAAACAGCAAUCCAGAGUGCCUUUUAGGUGUGAUUUACGACUCUGACUGCGAGCUGGACGCUUUAUCUUUUUUCCAAGAGCAAGCUGUGCCUAAGGCACCAUACCACAAAAUCACCCUUAUGAUGGGAGGCCACUUCUUCAAUAGCAGAGGGAUCCCCUCUACCGGAAUAAACCUCAAAACCGUCAAGAAAGUCUUGUCAGACAUUUUGCAUGUCGAAUUGUCUCAAUUCGAUAACAUUAUUAUCCGAGAUGAAGCAAAGGAGCUGGACAAAAUGGUCAAUGUAACCGACAACGACUUGCUCAUCUCGUACAACUUGCAUAAGAAUUGCAUACCACAGUAUAAUGUUGGCUUCCUCGAAAAUGUUGACAAGAUGAAGCAUCUCAUUACACAAGAGAGUCGCGGGCACUUUACCAUGGGAGGCACAGCCUUGGGUAAAUUGGGUGUCCCUGAUUGCGUCAUGAACAGCUUUGAGGAUGCUGUAUAUCUAUCACAAUAA